UUAUCUACAGAUUACCCAAGUGUUGGACUCAUUUGAAGACAGUGCUUACUGUACGAACUGUGUCUGUUCCUGCUGUUGGUCCGCAAAGACAGACACCACACUAAAUAGGAAAAGUAGGACUUGAAGCAGCAUUAACCUUCUGUAAAACAAAAAUGUCUGUAAACUUUGUUUUGUAUUUGUUUUACCCAAUGACAGUUGUAGAUGACCAUCAAGUGUGAUUUUACUUUUACUCACAGUUUCUUUUUUAUUUCCCUGGGGGUCCACCAAAGUUGGAAAUGUUAAUGUUGGAAAAAAUGUUGUAUCAUUAUAUCAUAUCAUAAAACCCAGCCUUUACUGUUUUAUUUGGCUAAUUCUCAUGAGAGAUAGGCAGGGACUAGGAAGUCGAAGUUGAAAUGAACAGGGUGCUUUUGAACGCAACGCUGAUUUGCCCCUCACGCUCGGACAAUUAGCCUAGCCUAGCAAGUAAUUGCUGAGGCUAACAGAAAAGCGUUGACAGCCUGAUAUCUAUAAGCCAGCAGCUUCGUUGUGGUCAAAAAUGUUUGUGGAAGACGUCCAGUUCCUGAAUGUCCUCAAGGGAAAACGUAUCAAACUGACCCUCAAGACUUCAUCUUACCUCGGCGUCGUCCAACGCAUCAACACCAACAAAACCUUGAUCUUGGCAGACGUUGUUAGUGGCAGUAAUGGCUGUAAAUAUCCUGGUUCAAAACUGUUCUACGGGCAUGAUAUUGUGAAUGUGGAAUUUACCAAUGAGGAAAAGACUGACAGUGGAAAUAUUCAUGACCACAGACUUGAGGAGCACUUGAAUGUGAAAAAAUUUCAGCCAUACAGGAAGACACUCACAUUGGCAGAUCAUGAUGAAGAUGACGAGGAGUACAUCAACUUUGUGGUCAUUGAUGAGUUUCAUGAGAAGUUUGGACCUGCUGUGAUGCACAUCAAGAAGCAGCAUGUGAUUGGCGUGGGAGCUGAUGGAGUUGAGGUGUUUAAGCAUGGGAGACUGUGUUGGCUGCAGAUUGCCACUAAAAAAAAGGUAUACCUAUUUGAUAUCCUGUUGCUUGGAGCUCGGGCUUUUAAGAAUGGUCUUUCCAUGAUCCUGGAAAAUAAGCACAUACUAAAGGUCAUUCAUGACUGCAGAGCCGUUUCUGGGUGUUUGAUUGCUCAGUUUGGAGUGAAGCUAACCAACGUCUUUGACACCCAGGUGGCAGAUGUCAUGUGCUUCUACUCGGAGACAGGAGGUUUCCUUCCCGACAGAGUCAGCACUCUGCAGGAGGUGGUGAGUCUCCAUCUCAAGGUGCCCUCCUCUCAGCUCUUAUCCCUUCAGAUGAAGUCACAGCUCACCAAGGAAGAAAGGGAGAUGUGGCAGAAGCGGCCCUGUCCUGUACCCCUGCUUAAGGUGAUGGCUCUGUCAGUGAUCCACCUUCAGCCCCUCAGGCUGGUGCUGCUGGAUACUCUUAUGACAGACUACGUGGCCGUGGUGGAUUCAUACCUCAGCAGCAGCCACUACGAACCUGACGAACUGGAACAUGUCAACAUGGAGACUGUGUUGGACUUGCCCAGAGAGCUCAAGCAGCUGGAGCAAAUGCGUCACGAUCGGCAGGAGUGGGCUGCCGACCACUACGCUGUGACAGAGCAAGGUCUGCUGGCUCGCUUCAAUCCCAAAAGCCAGCCUCCACCCCAGACUUCAACUGCAGCACAGGAACAUUGCCAGACACAGGCAGAUUCCUCAGAACCGGCACCUGCCUCAACACAAGUAGACCUUUCCCCCCACAAGCCACCUACGGGCCCUCCAAGAGACACCAUUGUCUCAUCUGUGGAUGUCCAAGCCUCUCCUGACCCAGCAGCCCUGGCUCAAGUUACAGCCAUUGUGUCAGACCUCAGGGCAGAAAUGACUGUUAGCAGUCCCCUGUCUGUAGGUGUGGGACGAGGGCGCACAGAGGCACCGAUUUGCACAAUGGGUAGAGGAAGGCCCUUUGGGAAAGAGCAGUCAUCUGUCCUGGCCUUACCUUCUACAGGAAGAGGAUUUCUUCUCCAGAUAACACAAGCUCAGAUCCCCAGAGAGAGCACUCCCGGUAGGAUGGAGACGGCUCCUUCGUGCUCCAGCCACCCACUUACCCAGGCAGUGAUGCCCCAGACCCAGACCCCGCCCCAGCCUGGCCCCAGUGCUGAUGACCUGCCAAAGGACAGUUCAGGCCUGAGAGGAGACAAUUUUACACCCACAUCCCAGUCCCCCUUCUCUUCCCUCAGGCAGUCAUUCAGUUCUUUCAGAUAUUAAAGGAAGUGUUACAAAG